GCUCAUGUUUGUCUGAGACUUUACAAGCCAUCUCGACUUUAUUUUGGCACAAGCGUCGCGAUAAUUAUCGCAUUCCUCGUCGGUUCUACACCAUUAAAGGUCUCAGUCGCAUAGUCUGUCAAGUAAAAGCAAUUUUCAGCUUGCGAGCAUCUACCUGGUCUACUAAGUCCGCCUGCUAGACGGUAAGUAGGUUAAAACAUCAUGAUCGAGCCAUCCGAAAGGUUACGGCGAGCAGUCCAUAGUAAUGACGCCUCUCUUGUUCGUCGCAUUGUAAAAUCCCAUCCGGGUUUGAUCCAUAACCCGGACCAUUCCGCAACGGGUCUCUCCAAUUCGAGUCUCCACCUUGCCGCCAGCCUCGGCCACCUCCAGGUAUGCAAGGUCUUAGUUGCCUUUGGUCACGAACUUCCUACGCCGGCUUUGAACGACAAGCAUCAAACAGCUUUGAUGCUAGCCGCUGCCGCAGGUCAUACUGAAGUUGUCUUGUUCCUUUCCGAGAGUGAUCCCUCUUCCAUUCUUCGACGUGAUAUCCAAGGUAGAGAUGCUAUUAUGGAGGCUAGCAUGGGGGGCCACGACACGGUGCUUCAGAUUCUUCUCACGUACGCCCCGGGAGGAGCCCAAAAUGCGGUGCAAAAUGCGGAUGUUGAUGGGAAUACUGCUCUACAUUUCGCUAGCAGUAACGGCAACCUCCUUGUUUUACGAACGCUGCUUGCUGCUGGGGCCGACCCGGAGAAGAGAAACGUUUGGAGCUGGACAGCUAUCGCCUACAGUGCAACCGUGCAUGCUGAGGUGUAUCUCAAAGGACUUGUGUCUGAAACUGAAAAACGACGUCGUAUUAAAAGCGAAGUAACAGAGGAGAGGAAGGGUGGUGCGAUUCGAAUGGUUGAAGAAGAAAUCAACGUUGCGGACUAAGCUUAAGAAUUGGUAUAGCCGUAUUGUUGGGAAAUUUUGCUGGUACAGCUUGCUUAGUAUGAGUCCUUGCGACAUCGAAUCAGGGGAUUAAAGUCUCUUGACUAUGGUCGCAUUGUGCUUCAUCCCUUUUCUCUCUCCGCCCCUCCUUUUUUUUUUUUUUUUGGGAGGUUGAGGAGGAUGGUUGCACAUCUCGAGUGGCGGAGCAAACUUCCAAUGAGACGUCCCGACCUUGAUCUACUAACUA